GGUCAUACAGGUCGCUAGAGGGCGCACUGCACAGCGGAAGAGAGAGGAAGUGUGUAAAGCGCAACCAAUCACAGAGGACGAAGGAGAAGCCAACGCAGAGCUGUCGUUAGCUUCCUGCAAAUUUUAGUUUCUUCUUAGUUAUUUAUAGAAUAUAGUUUUUUUAAAUCGCUGGUUAUAAAAAAAGGCUAAUUUUAGCCGCUGGAAGAAUGGGUCGAAGCAGGAGUCGAACACCCCCGAGGCGAGAGAGAAGACGAUCCCGCUCGACCUCACGAGAACACGAGCGACGCCGACGGGACAGGGACCGCUCUCGCUCGAGGGACCGGGACCGAGAGCGCCGCAGAUCUCGCUCACGCUCGCCGCACAGAAGAAGGUCCAGGACUCCUCCCAGACGCCAUCGCUCCUCCUCCCUCUCUCCUGGGCGGCAGAAGGACGAGCGGAAAGAGGCGAAAGACAAACCUGGGAAGUCCAUUCAGAUCUCAGCUGAGGAUAUGGAAGGCAAAACAGAGGAGGAAAUCGAGAUGAUGAAAACGAUGGGGUUCGGUUCCUUUGACACAACCAAGGGUAAGAAAACGGAUGGAUCAGUUAAUGCAUAUGCAGUCAACGUUAGCAUGAAGAGGAAAUACAGGCAGUACAUGAACAGGAAGGGAGGCUUCAACAGGCCGCUGGACUUCAUCGCUUAAAGGUGCCAGCAGCUCGUUUUUCACCAUCAGUCUCUCCUCCCUGCAGGAGGACAAGGACAGUAUGGAUUUAUUUCUAUUAAAUGUGUCUCGUGAUGCAGCAAGUCUUUUUUUAUUUUUUUUAUUUUUUUAUUUAACCUUGUAAAUAGUUUUUCCUCCAGUUGUUCUCACUCAGGUCAGACCUGGUGGGAGGUGGAGCUUUUGGUUGUUGAGAUUUGUGCCGUAUUCUUAAUAAAUGCAUUAAAACAAAUGUU